AUGGCGGAAUCUACGGCGCUGGUGUGGAUUCGCGGCCCCAGCUCCAAGUGCAAGGCGGUGCGAUGUGGCUCGGCUCAGUGCUCCGUAUGGAAUUUUAUCCACCGUUACUGCCAAGAUGAGGAUGUUCCAGUGGAACACUUCUUUGUGAAAUGCAACGGAGCACUCAUCACUACUAAUGAUGCUGUACAGGAUGGAGCUGUUUAUAGCCUGGAACCCAGACUCUGUGGUGGAAAAGGAGGUUUUGGUUCUAUGCUCCGAGCACUUGGUGCUCAGAUUGAGAAGACAACCAAUCGAGAAGCUUGCCGUGAUCUCAGUGGAAGGAGACUACGAGAUGUCAAUCAUGAAAAAGCAAUGGCUGAGUGGGUAAAACAACAGGCUGAGCGUGAGGCUGAAAAGGAGCAGAAGCGCCUGGAGCGCCUACAGCGGAAACUUGCAGAACCCAAGCACUGCUUCUCCAGCCCUGACUACCAGCAGCAGUGCCAUGAGAUGGCUGAGCGUCUGGAGGAUUCUGUCCUUAAAGGUAUGCAGGCCACCUCCAGCAAGAUGGUAGCAGCAGAAAUCAGUGAGAAUCGGAAAAGGCCUAACAAAUUCAAAGCAGGCCAAGGAGCCAGCACAGAAAAAAGAAAAUGCUUUUGGUUGGGCAUGGACGGACUAGAGAAUGCAGAGGGUUCCAGUUCUGAGAGCUCAGAUGAUGGCAGUGACGAAGCACCUAGUACUUCAAGAAUGUGCUUUCAAGCUCAGAAAAAUGGCAGCGAUGGUGUUGAGAUGGCAGCUGAGUUUCCCAGUGGUUCUCAAAAGCCUAGAAUAAUGAGUAUAGACUCUGGAUCACCAGAAAAACUACAGAAAAACCCACUGAUUGGGGAAGAUACAGCUGAAGCCUCGUGUGCUAAGCUGAAGCUGGGAGAGAUGUCUGUUGAGGAGCAGGUGGAAAGGAAGAUGGCUGGAGACAUCAAGGGGACCCAAGAGGACAAGGAGGCAGAGAGUAAAGAACCCAGAGAAAGGAAAGCAGUUGGGAUGAGACUGAAUGGAGAGGAAAAGACAAAAGAAAUGACUGAUGGGGAAGGAGCUGCCAAGGUAACACCUGGACAAGACAAGGAAAACAGUCCCGGUGCCAAGCUGGAGGAAAGCCAAUCAGGAAACACAGAUAUUGGUCAGGGAACUGUGGAUUUACUGGCAUUCAGCUGUGUUACAGAAUUGGAGUUGCUGGGUUUGGAUCUGCUCAAGUCUGAGCUGAUGGCCCUGGGACUGAAAUGUGGAGGCACUCUGCAGGAGCGGGCAGCAAGGCUCUUCUCUGUCAGGGGACUGGCAAGGGAGCAGAUAGACCCAGCUUUAUUUGCCAAGCCUUUGAAAGGAAAGAAGAAAUAA